AUGCCCAAACAAUUUUUGCCGUUGCAAGGAAGACCCAUCCUGCAGCAUUCCGUAGAAUUGUUCCUAGAAAAACUGCCUGCUUACUUGGAAGCACAAGGCAAGGAACCCAAUGACUGCGUUGUCAUUGUCAUGGAUCCAAUGUAUCAGCCAGAAUACCAGCAUCUCAUUGAUGCCUAUCCGGACAAAAAGGUCGCCUUUGCAAAUCCAGGCGCUGAACGCCAAGGCUCGGUGGAGAAUGGAUUAAACAAACUCACAGAAUUGGGAAAAGUGCAAUAUGAAUAUGCAGCCAUUCAUGACAGUGCCAGACCGUUGGUCACCAUUCAGGAAGUUUGCAAUGUCGUACAAGAUGCAAAACAAGUUGGAGCUGCUGUGCUGGGAGUACCUUGCAAGGCAACCAUCAAAGAAAGCGAAGACGGAAAAACCGUACUAAGAACCAUUCCCCGUGCAAGGCUAUGGGAGGUGCAUACUCCGCAAGUCGUCAAAAUUGAAACUCUGCUAAGAGGAUUCAAAAAGGUGGAGGCAGAAAACCUGGAAGUCACAGAUGAUGUAUCCAUCGUAGAAGCACUCGGAGAACCCGUCAAGCUAACACUUGGAGAAUACACAAAUCUAAAAAUCACUACUCCCGAAGACAUGGAUGUCGCUACUGCCAUUCUAGAAGAAAGAAACCAAAAAGAGACCGUGGAUGUCUAA